GGAGCCGGGGAAGCGGCAAAGGACGCGAGGACCGCUCGGUGCCAGGAGGGCAGCUGGUCGAGUCCGGGCCGCCUGGAGCGGUGGGGAGAGGACCGCGAGACGCCGCUCCGCCCGCGCGCUCUGCCGCGCUCGCCCACCCGGCUCCCCCGCCGCCUUGCCAGCGCGCAGGGCGCGGCCGCUGCUCAGAGCGUCGUCCGCGCCCUCCGGGGCCGAGAGCCCCCGUCGUCCCCGUGCGCGUCACCAUGCUGCUCCCUCAGCUCUGCUGGCUGCCGCUGCUCGCGGGGCUGCUCCCGCCCGCGCGCGCGCAGAAGUUCUCGGCGCUCACGUUUUUGAGAGUCGACCAAGAUAAAGACAAAGAUUGCAGCCUAGACUGCGGGGGAUCUCCUCAGAAACCCGUCUGCGCUUCUGACGGAAGAACCUUCCUGUCUCGCUGUGAAUUUCAACGCGCCAAAUGCAAAGACCCUCAGUUAGAAAUUGCGUAUCGAGGAAAUUGCAAAGACGUGUCCAGGUGUGUGGCCGAGAGGAAGUACACCCAGGAGCAGGCCCGGAAGGAGUUCCAGCAAGUGUUCAUUCCGGAAUGCAAGGAUGACGGCACCUACAGUCAGGUCCAGUGUCACAGCUACACGGGAUACUGUUGGUGUGUGACGCCCAACGGGAGGCCCAUCAGUGGCACAGCCGUGGCCCACAAGACACCCCGGUGUCCCGGUUCUAUAAAUGAGAAAUUACCCCAACGUGAAGGCACAGGAAAAACAGUCUCCUUGCAAAUCUUUUCCGUUCUGAAUUCAGAUGAUGCCUCAGCUCCCGCGUUGGAGACUCAGCCUCAAGGAGAUGAAGAAGAUAUUGCCUCACGUUACCCUACGCUUUGGACUGAACAAGUUAAAAGUCGACAGAACAAAACUAAUAAGAAUUCAGUGUCCUCGUGUGAUCAGGAGCAGCAGUCGGCCCUGGAAGAGGCCAGGCAGCCCAAGAAUGACAACGUGGUGAUCCCCGAGUGCGCCCACGGCGGGCUCUACAAGCCGGUGCAGUGUCACCCCUCCACGGGCUACUGCUGGUGCGUCCUCGUGGACACCGGACGCCCCAUCCCGGGCACGUCCACCAGGUAUGAACAGCCGAAAUGUGAUAACACAGCCAGGGCCCACCCAACCAAAACGAGGGAUUUGUACAAAGGCCGCCAGCUCCAAGGUUGUCCUGGUGCCAAAAAGAAUGAGUUUCUAACGAGCAUUCUGGACGCGCUGUCUACCGACAUGGUCCACGCUGUUUCUGAUCCCUCUUCCUCGGGGAGGCUUUCAGAACCUGACCCCAGCCACACACUGGAGGAGAGAGUGGUCCACUGGUACUUCAAACUGCUUGAUAAAAACUCCAGCGGGGAUAUCGGCAAAAAGGAGAUCAAGCCCUUCAAGAGAUUCCUUCGGAAAAAAUCCAAACCCAAAAAGUGCGUGAAGAAGUUUGUGGAGUACUGUGACGUGAAUAACGACAAAUCCAUCUCUGUGCAGGAGCUGAUGGGGUGCCUGGGCGUGACAAAAGAGGAAGGUAAAGCAAACACCAGGAAGCGUCAUACCCCCAGAGGCAAUCCUGAAAGCACUUCCAAUAGACAGCCAAGGAAGCAAGGAUAAGUGGCUCCUGCAUCGGAGGCGGUUCCUAGACACGUGGGAGACUCCCUCCCCAAAAAAGCAAUUAAAAAACAAAACCAAAAACACAUAGUAUUUGCACUUUGUACUUUAAAUGUAAAUUCACUUUGUAGAAACGAGAUAUUUAAACAGACUGCUUUAAUCUGUGAAAAUGGAAGGGCUGGCUUCAGAAAAUUAAUCACAUACAAUGUAUGUGUCUUCUUUUGACCUUCAAAAUCUGUCCUUGGUGGAGAUGUAUCUUGAAUGGAUUUAAGCUUCAUUUCCUCAUCCUACACGUGUUAACAUAGAAACCUUAACCCGGGGCACUUUGGUUCCAAUCCUCUGCUUUUUUUCCCUGACCAUGCAGUUACCUCUUGUCACACCAAGUCUGCUUCCUUUGGAAUCUACUGUACUUGCAGUGUUGCUGAAUUUGUGUGGGAAGCUUUCUGAGCCCAUAGACGUUAGUAAUCUACAGCUGUCUGCAUCACGCAGUUAACCAGUGCAUGGAUUUGUUUGUUUCUUGGAUUUUCUGUUAGUUUGUUUUGCUUUCCAGAGAUCUCGCUCACGCAUUGAGUUACGCAACCACUAAAGCCAUCCUUACAGCUAGUGCCUUGGUAGAAAAGACUAUUUUUCAAACUAUCUUUGAUGUGCCUGCUUUCCCGUUUCAAGCUUCUGUUUGAACUUUUCCUUGAGCUCACAUUAAUCGUGCAGGAAGAUGCUAGAGAAUUGUACCUGCUGUCCUGAGGCAGCGUCAAGGGGCUCGUUGUUCAGAAAAGUAAAUUUAAUCAUGGCCUGGCCAAGCCAGCUAGACACACUUGUCUGCUCUGUUUUUCCUCUUACACCUGGCCGUUACCUGUCCUGCUGUGGUCCACCUGGGGCCCACUGGAAGGUAAAAUUAUUACCUGAACAAAUUAGGAACAGUCUCCCUAAAAAAGCCACGGCUGGGAUAAGCUGUGGCCCGCAUGUUGGUGUCUGCAGUCAGGGAGAGUGGCUCCAGCUCCCGUGUUUUCUCUUCACUCUUUUCCGAAUGCCUCCAGGCACAGGACUUGCCAAUGGGAAAUUCAUCUGAGUGGUACUUGUGAGAGAAGGUCAGGAACUGAAUGCCCACGCUGUGAGCCACAGAACCGGCUCGAUGUGCAACCAGCUGGCACUCUCAGAGCUGGACCCAGACACCAGCGAGAGCCCACUGGCUCUGCCGAGCCAUUUGGAGGACGGUCCCAGAGCUGUGUGUGGCGACUUAUGAUGCUAUCUCAGCUCCGACUUUUGGUUGGAAAAAGAAAUCUUCAUGGCCCCAAAUCCCCAGCACGUGUCAUGUAAAAUGAUCUCUGUGAAAAGGCAUGAAGACAUUUUACGAGGCUUCUUACUUAUUUAAACUGUGCGAAAGUAAACACCGAAUCUUGGGAGCCGCGGAACAAGCUCAAGGGUGUGUCACCAUUGUUUAAAACACAGUUAUGAUGCUGAACUUAUUGGAUAAUCUUUUAUAUUUCUGAACUUUGAAUUUAAUCAUUUUUCUUAGAUUAAAAUAAAAUAUGCUAUCAAAAC